AUGGUCGACGCUAGAGGUCCUCCACCCGCGCCCCCAUCUCCACCACACAAACGGUCUACGAAUUAUGGGUACUAUAUCCCGAUGGACGGUGGUGGGAGUAUGCUUACUCAAGUCCAGGAUACCUAUCCACCAGGCCUUGGAGAACCCAUAAAUGUCAUCAUUUCCGCCUACUCCGAUUCACAGGUGCUGCAGAACUCCGUGGAUAACGGUGGUCUUAUCAAUUAUUUCCAGUCGUUCGGCUUCUCGACCGAGUGUUUGGGACAGCAUUCGGGUAGCGACCAAGCGGCUGAUCUCGGCGACGGAAAUGGUUAUUUGAACGAAACUGCCGUCAUUCGUUGGGACUAUGGAGAUGCCAAUCUUGGAACUUGCCAGGAGACGGUCGAAGGAGGGAACCACUUCCGCUAUUGGAUACAGAAUGGGCAAAGUGCAGACUCCGGCGCAAUAUUCAUGGCAGCUUCAUAUGAAAUGCCUAUUGCUGAUCAGCAUAAUAUCAUAGUCAAUGGCUACAACCUAGGUCGAGACUGGCUCGUUGGGAAUGCCACCUCUCAGUCGACUAUCCUUCCAUCAUUAAACAUGACCAACACAUCGACAUAUUCGGGACAAACAUCCUUUAAUAAUUAUACCUAUGCAACUACCGCAACGUAUGUAUCUGGGCUGCUACAGAACACUAGUGACGGCAUCAACCACUAUCAGAGUGUUGCUGUCAACGGAUUGAAUGCGAUCGACGGACUUGUGGCGGUACUAACCGUAAAGAUGAUCAAGCAGCCUGGUGGUAGUAAUUCAAGCGGAGCGGAAUGGUCAAAUCGUCCGGCAGGACUUAUGUGGACUCUCCUUGCAAUGGCGUGCGCGAUGCUCGCGUCAUCGCUUUAG